AUGGCCCAAGUUCAGGACGCGUCCACAGUGCCAGUACCUGAUGUGAGCCCUGAGGAAGAGGCUUUGCUGUUUGGGUCUCAAGGACAACCGACAGCAUCUGCUGGAGGAGCGACCCUUUUGCGUCGCCUCCAGCAACUCCAACUCAAGCUCAUGCUUCGCCUACUGGAAGCCAAGUGGGUGGAGGACAAGCUGGAAAUGGCCUUGAUGCUAAGGCAGCAAAGUCAGGCCAACCAGCAGAACCAGCAGUUGAUGGCUGCCCUCAUGAGAAGAAUGGAUUUGGAAGAGAAGCGUCGAAAUGAGGCUGAAGAGAAGGCAGCGGAGACCGCACGUUUGGUUGCGGAGGCUGCAGCUAGAGCCAAGACGGAAGACCUGUUUGCAGCUGCACCGAGCACACCUUCUGUGCCGUUCGCAGGAGCUACCUCGUCUUCGAGCUCUGUUCGGAGCCCAUUGGUGCAGAAUCGGGCGGAGAAGCAUCCAUCUCUGCCGAUGCUAGAGCAUCAAGGCAUGAACAAGGGCAGGAUGCGAGAAGUCGAGACAUGGCAUGCCUACCUGGAGACACUGUCAUCGUGGCUUGCUCUUCAAGAUGAGUCUUUCGUUCGAGAGUUGCAACUCUGCGUCAAGCAAAAGAAUGAGAUCCUUCAGAAGGAUUUGGCGGAUGAUGUUGCUGCUCGAAGCGGAAAAGGCGGCAAAGACAAGGAGCAGAAGCCCGACAAGCCUGAUAAAGGCAAGGGCAAAGGCAAGAAGAAGAAGGCUAGAGCCCGGGCUAUGGGAGAACCAGAGUCCGAGGCAGAGUCCGAGUCUUCGAGGACCUCCACCGUGAUGGCGAUGAGGUUUGCCAAGCCUUCUGCUGUACGAGAAGUACUGAGCCAGCCUGAGCCUGAGAAGCCUAAGCCCGUAGAGGCAGUCCCUAGACCGGUCGCUGUAGGGCCGAAAGUCACUGUAGAUGAGAAGGUAGGCACCCUGACUGGAAGCACCUCGAAGGGAGAUGCGGCAUACGUCUGCGCUUCGCUGCAGGGAUCGGACAUGGAGAUCGACUCUCUUCCUGUUGACAAGGAACCCAGGAAAGACAUUACUGCAGGACCAAGCAUCCUGAAGAAGACUUCGAAAGAAGCGAAGAGUGAUGAGAAGCCUGGAAAGGACGAGAAGUCUAUCCGGAAGGUACUGAGCAUGUCGGAACCGCCAAUGGAGGUGGAGCAAGAUUCCCACAACUCUCCAGCGGAGAGUGCCGGGCAGGAGGUUGCGUUUUUGAAUGCACCAGUAGAGCCUGCACCAGCAGAGGCGGCGCCAGUCGAGACUGCGGAUGCAGAGGCUUCAGCUGCCCCCUUCAAUGUUUUCUCGAGGCCUCCGAGUCAAGUUGCAGUACCUUCGCCUACGGUGGCUGCAUCAGAGACAGGAGAGACAGAAGAGGAGGAAGCAUGGGGAAAAUGGAGGGCAAGCAAGGCCAGGCCUUCGCAGCCAUCAGACGAGCCGUCGCUGAUAGUGAAGUGGAGAAGCAUGCUGAGGGGACCGCGCUUCAGGUAUUUCAUGCAAGCGAUACGACAACAGCGAGAAGAUCUUAUUGCAUGUGGAUACCCUGUGCCGGCAAUUCCAGAGAACAACCUGGAACCUGCAGUUCCACUUAUGUCUAUUGGAGAUGGGAUCGUUUAUCCUUCCCGUCAGGGGACCAUCUUUGCGUCAUUGACAGAUGCUUUGAUGACCGACGGCUACCUCCUCGAGGUUGGGCAGAAGCUCCUUGGGCGGAUCCAACGUCCAGACCCAGAUGUGGGGCCGUGCCUGGGAACGGGUUGGUCCAAGAGGCUUCGCGAUCACGAUCCCGAUCCUCUGGAUGGAACGCCCUACAUCAGCGCGGAGGUUGCGUGGGCGCUGUGGCUGCCCGAGUUUCCGGAAGCCCCGGAUCAUGGAGGCAUCCUUCCGGUGAAGAGAAAGAGGGAUUUUUCCCAGCUCACCGACGAGUUGUUGGACGAGCAUACACAAGGAUAUACUCCCGAUCCAAGUCACCUACGCCACCAGAGUGGCGGGGACGUGGCUGCGCUGGGUUACAUCAAGCGUAUCCUCAAGGUCCUGACCGUUUACGAGGCCAUGCCGGAAGCGGAACGCAACCUUUUGGCUGGAAUGUACCCAGACGACGUCGAGCUCCAGCUCGAGUGGGUGCCAGGCUCAGCCAUCAGGCAUGGGUGGCGUGCGUUAAUGGGGGCAAUGGAUCAGCGCACCCGGCGCUAUAUCGAGUUCGAAGCAGAGGUCCGAAAAUGGGAGGACUUGCAGUCCGCUCGACCCAAGGUCAAGGCCAGAAGAACGGGUGCAGCUGCUUCCACAGAUACUGGAGGUGGAAUUGGAGCGAUGAACGAAGGCUCGGAGACUGGAGCCAUGAACGAAGGCUCGGAGACAGAGUCUGCCGAGUCAUCCUCGGCAAGUUCGUCGGACGAAUCGAUUCCAAUGGGGGAAGACAUGAUGCAGAGCCGGACCAGAGUUUUGGCGCUCAUCGAAGCGGAGAAAGCCUUGAAAGAUGUGGGCUCCUCUGCGCCGCCCCCACCGUCUCCUAUCCUUAUGGAGCCAUCGCCGGUUGCGACGGACGGGUACAAGUUCGAUCCAGCAUCUCUAGGAGCCCCUCUGGGGGACACUGCAGCUCCAUCAACACCGGUACCUCCUUCGCCUUCCGCAGUUUCAUUGGCCCCUUUGGAGUCAUUCAAGUUCUUGGAUGUCCCACCUGUUGCUUCUUCUGGUCCCUCGGACCACAGUGUGGAGCCUAUGGUGGUGGAAGAGGAGCGGGCCCCAGAAACUCCAGGACCCACGGCACCGGUUGGAGCUCCAAUUUCCGCAACGGAGAGUGUGCCGGAGACCCCUCCUCCAGGGGAAAUUCCAGGUCCCGGUUAUGUCCCGAAGGCAGCUCCUGGGGAAAUUCCAGGUGCUCUGUCGAAAGCCCAGGGGGCACCAGCGGGGGCUACACCGAAGGCCUGGUCUGUGGUUCCAACUUCCUCGCCUUUGACGGUUCCAGAAGCGCCAGUGGCUGUAGAGUCUUUGCCUGCAGUUCCAGAGCCAGCAACCGUACAGCGGAGGAAGGGCCUACCUCCGAGACCGCUACAUCAUCCGCAGCGGGUGCCCUUCCGCCUCCGGGCGGCUUGGGUCAAACAGCCGAAGAGAGGGAGUUUGUGCUUCCUUCCCCUUGCCAGAAGAAGUGAAGGAGAAGCAUUGGAUGUUUUCGCUUGCUUGGCGAUCUAUGUGAUAGCAAGUUUCGAGGAGUUGGUGACUACCCUCAACUUGUAUCCCGAAAGUACCGUUUACACCAUCGUCGUAAAGGAGUCCGAGUGCGAAUCAAGACUCGUUUCUGUUAUGUUCGAGUUGAUGUAG